AUGCCAGUCCUAAGCGCCUACACCCUCCCCGCAACGACGGACGGCCUGCAGGUGCACCUCUCCCCAAACGGAGUUCGCUUCUUCCUCUCCUUCCACGCGUCCGUGGACCCAGCGACACAAAAGCCCUGGUGUCCCGACGUCGUCGCCGCAAUCCCCCAUCUGCUUGAAGUGUUCGUUCCGUCUAGCGCCCCGACCGUGGGGUUUGUGCACGUCGGGCAGAAGCCUGAAUGGAAAGAACCGACCAACGUCUUCCGGACGAAGUGGAAUGUCAACAAUAUUCCGACUCUGGUUCGCUUUGAGAGGGUUGAUGGGUGCGUCAAGGAGACGGGGCGUCUUGUUGAGGCGGAGAUUCUUGAUCGGGAGAAGUUGAGGGAGUUUGUUUUUGGGAAGGAGGCAGCCGAAAGGACCUAG